AUGGAGCAUGCUGAAUGUGUGUUAAACUACACUAGUGAAUUUACCACAUAUGAGAUAUUUCAAAGCAGAGAAGCAAUGAUUGAUUGGGCACGCAAUGUUGGCAAGAAAAAUGGUUUUGCUAUAAUUGUGAAAUAUUCAGAUUCUGGUGGCGGUCGUUGGACACCAAGAAUUAAACUAGCGUGCGAGAGGAGUGGAAACUAUAGACAGAAAAAGAAGGUGAAAGUUUAUUCUCAUGAUGAGAAUGUUAGGAUGACCGGGACCAAAAAGUGUGAUUGUCCAUUCUUGCUAAAGGGUGAGAAGUACUUAACUUCUCAUCCAGCUACGGAUGAUUGGAUGUUGCAUGUAGUAUGUGGAGUGCAUAAUCAUCCAGCUGCGGAUAAUCUUGAAGGGCAUUCAUAUUUGGGGAGAUUAUCACACCAAGAAAAUGAAUUGUUGGUGGAUAUGUCUAAGAGUAUUGUGAGACCAAAAGAUAUUUCAGUUACGUUGAAACAGAGGAAUCCGUUGAAUGUAAUAACCAUGAAGACAAUUUAUAAUGUAUGUCACAAAUUUAAAGUGAAAGAGAAACCCAGAAGAUCACAGAUGCAACAACUGUUGGGAAAAUUAGCAAAGCAUGAAUAUAUUGAAUGGCAUAGAUAUGAACGAAAUACUAUGGUUGUCACUGACCUCCUUUGGGCUCAUCUAUUCAGUUUGGAUUUGUUUCGAGCAUUUCCACGUGUCUUGAUUAUGGACUGUACGUAUAAGACCAACAGGUAUGGUCUUCCCAUGCUUGAGAUUAAUAUUCUUCCUGAGGUUAUUGUCACAGAUAGAGAGCUUGCAUUUAUGAAUGCCAUUGAUGUGCUUCGGGGUAAUGUAUCCAUAUGUGCUUUGGAACGCAUAUUAGCAGAGACAAAGAGAGCAGAAUCCAUUGGAAUUGAUUCUUCAGCAUGUGCUUAUGUCAUUCGGCAUACCCAUGGUUUGCCUUGUGCACAUGAGAUUGCUUAUUAUAUAAGACAAUUACUUCCUAUUCCACUUGAGACAGUACAUGCACAUUGGAGGACACUUGAUAUUGUCAAAUUGCCUAAUAAAGAUAAAUUGGAGUUAACUUGUAUUCCAGAAGUAAAGUCAUUUAAAAGGAUUGAGGAGCUUGCUCAUAGUUUGACACACUUUCAUGAAAAGCCAGCACGAACAGAAUAUUGGAUGACAAUGCCAAAUAUGGGGCAUCUGAUUAGAUCAUCCUAUAAUAUUGUCUUUUGCCAUUUCUCAGCACAACAGUGCCUUGCAUUCCUACCACUAAGAUCAGACCCAUUGCCACCACUUGAUCGCACAGAGAUAUCCAUUGGUUUCGUGAACGAAAACCACUUUGUUGAGGCAUACCCGUGA